CAAAUCGCAAUGCAGAAUCGAAAAAUAUAACAAUCCUGCAAAAUGACGACGGCUCCUGUGGAACACGAAUGUUUCUACGAUCGGCAUCGCAACGCCGCCAUGAAGCGCCAUCAUACUGCAGAAAGCAACAAAUAUUAUUUCCAGUGUGAACCCUGAAACACAAAACCGUGACGGAGAAUCAGCUUACGUUGUAUCUGUAGAAGAUAUACAAGCGUAUGGCCCUGAAGUUUUCUUGGAUGGUCAUGAAUUCACCCGUGUCAUAAGCAUCGUGGGCGUACGUUAUUGAUCUGUCCCUGCAAAACGCUUGGCGUUAUCCAAUCUCAGAAUUAAUCAAGUUGAUAAACCGCCAGCUUUGUUAGAGCGAACUACGUCAAGUACAAUAAUAACAUGCAUCCGCCACAAAGGUUAUUUUAAGGCAUAAUAUAUCACAUAUUUGUAAUUCCUUCCUGACUGUUUAUCGCCCAAGGCAGAAAAAGGCGUUUAAAACAAGUGAACCACACUUGCAAAUUUUCACUCCAAACAGCUUACGCAUAAAUCAGUUGGUACUGUUCAGCGUGCACCUCGCUAUGAACAAUUCGAGUGGAAUUUUCCACCACAUCAAUGCAAAUCAAUCGCCGAUAAUACCACUUGUUAAUCUAACGGCGAAUAUUCCAGUUCCACUUUUACCGGUGUGGGGCUACGAUGCGAUCUUAACAACGGUGUGUAGCGUGCUGACCUUUACGCUCAAUUCAUUUAUAGCAUCCAUUCUGCUCACUCAUUCCGAACUACGCUCAUCGUUCAGUGUGUACCUCAUCACACUGCUGAUUUUUGACGCUUUACUAUGUCUGCAUGGAUGGCUCAACAUAGCGCGCAAACAAUUCCCCAGCUCCAUGGCCAAUAUCACCUUAUGCGACUUCCGCUCCUAUGUAUCCUGGGUGAUCACCGGGAUUCCUCUGAACCUCCAUGUCUUGAUCGCCGUUAACCGAGUGUGGGCUAUCGCGUUUCCUUAUUCGUACAAAAACCGGCAUAGCAAUUGGUUGGCGAUUGCACUGACCUUCGUCGUUGUGGCUUACGUUCAUAUAAUUUGUCUCCCUGGUGUGAUCAUGAAUGCGCUGUAUUAUCGACUACCAUUUGAAACAGAUGGCUGUCAGGUCAAUACUGAUCCUGGACCGAUGAUGGCCUGGGAUCAAUUGGUAAUGCUCCUCAUAUACGAGUUUCCCAUUGUUUUCAUGGCGGUCGCCUGGAUUUACGUCGCAAUAAAACAAAAACAGCGGCGUAAUGCCAUUGCCAAUGCCACAACGACAGCUCAGUUGAGCGCAGUCACGAGUGCCGCGCAAAAGACGGGCGGUAGACGCGGUCAGUACUCGACAGGUUUCCUUGUUUUCUCCGUUCUCACGGCCAGUGCGAUUUUAUGCUGGACGCCGUACGAAACAUACUACACAGUGUGGGCCUUUAUCCCGGAUUUAACGGAAGCCGAUCGGAGGUUCGUCAAUCUCUGCCUAGCCUUGUACCUUUUCCAGCCGGUGCUGGAUCCUUUGUUAACUGUUGUUACCAUGAAAGAUUUGCGCCGGGUUAUUGCAGAAGGAUUUCUGGGCUGCAUUAGAAAAUAAAACCCUAAUUUUUAAUUUAAUUUGUAGAUGGACAAAUUUGGUUAUUUAUUAUUACUUAUUCCAAAUUUGGUUAUUUGUGGCAAUUUCGUCUUUUUUUCAAUUUGGCAAU